UAUACCUGUCAGUGGGCCAACGGCUAUGUGAUCAACACCACCUAACUUUCUGUGUUGGUGUUAACCUGCCCGGCGGCUACACUUGGCUGUUACCCCCACUGGAGACAAGCAGUAACAUAUAAUUGGUGUGCAUUCAAGGUAGCCAGUGUUUGCUCAUAUAUUAACAGUAUUGCAUUAGAACAAGCUGUCCACGUGACGUGACUGGCUUGGCUUUGUUUACAUACUAGUGAAGUGGAGAUGUGACUUUAAAAACCUAAAACCCUUCUGGAAGGACCCAAUGUGUAGGACUGUGGUGUGGAGAUCCGACACAGAUACCUGUACAGGGUACAUUGUCUCAGACAGCUAGCCAUUCAGCAGGCUUUUUUAUUUGUUUAUAUUCUAUUGGAGCCAAACUGGAAUUCGGUCAGCAGUUGUUUUGGCCUAUUUUGUUGAUCUGAUAGGGGUUUUACGCUGGAGACCAUUGUGAGUGAGUAAGGCCCCUAUAAUACAAGAACUGAGUUGUGAGGGCCCCUGCUUGUCUGUAUUGGUCCAUGCUCAGCCCAUUACUGCUUGAUGUUCUGUCUCUACUCACACUUGCUGCUAUCAUCGAUUGGCCAAUCAAUAGGAUUGAAUCUUCAGUGUAUCUAUCCUUGAACUAUAGAGGGAAGUGUACAUCCAAGGUGCUGCUGUGUGAGUGAUGUUUAUAGUCUUGGCCAUUAUUAACACUCUAGUUUAUGAAAAAAAAUGAAAUGUAGGGUGUUCCUGUAGCCCUACUGUAAAAAGUGUUGGACAUAUACAGUUGACAAUUAUACAUUGCUGUAUCCUUCUGGACACGACAGGUGAAUAUUUCCUGGUUUGACACUGUGAAAACGUAUUGGCUGUCUGUGGAUAGUGUUCAUCGCUAAAAGUGAUGACACCCUGGUCAUAGAUAAAAUUUCUGAUUGUCAGCUCUGUCUCCACAACUCCGCUAUAUUGAGGAAGCUAUAAAUACACCUGGAAUACAAAACAAAAAUACAAUAUCAUAUGUGGUGCGUCGAGGCAAUCAUGAACAACACUGAAACCAAUUAUCAUAUAUAGCCAGAUAAUUGAAUCUGUAUUUAAAGCCUGGCCUUAUUAGUAUGUAUAAGACAGGGUGAGUUUCUUCGAGUAGGUCCAAUAAGCUGUCCUUAGGGCUGUGAGAAACCAUUACUUGCUGAUCCUGCAUAAAGACCACAGUUGACACACUUGUAUAAGGAAAUACAGAGGAUAUUUUCAUGGGCUGGAUUUCCAAUUACAGCUACUGUUUGUGUUAUAAAUAAUACAACACAGUGAAACUCGGAAUAAGUGUUUGUAUGAAAUAUUUGUUGACUGUUACUUGUAUACAGGAUGAUGCACUGUGCUGUGAUGGUGUGGUAACAGAUUUUGAGUGUAGGAUAUGAACCUAAUGUAGGUCUAUGUAGUUUACUAGGUAACUAGACACCUGAUGUCUGAUGGGAAGCAUUGUUUCAGUUCACUCUGAGCUGGCUGUAUACACAUAGAUACAGCCCCCCGAGCAACAGUGUCCGAGAUCACUGUACAAUGACUGUUGCUGCCUCAGACACCAGAAGAACAUCCAUGGUGAACUUACGCAACAAUUCUAAACUUCGGAACAUCUACGGACCAAAGUGUCCCAUCACUCUCCUGUCAGAGGAUGUAUACAACCAGCCAAGGCCUAAAUCUGGCAAAAAGGGCUCAAACAUUGCUGUGGAGGAACACCCUCCCCUCCGACCCUUCUCAGGGACAAUCGCCACCCGCGAGGCCAGCCCGAGUUCCUCAAGCACACCCACUGUUCCAUACUCAACAGCCGACAUUCUAUAUGGAAACGAAGUUCGGCAGUCUCCACAAGUAGAUGAUAUUCGACAAAACAGUUUUAUAGACUAUAAUCCAAAGGACCGAGAACGGCUAGGUUCCCGUGACCUUAGUGAUCAGAGUGGCAGGAGACCAGGGAGCAAGGGAGGCUCCCGCAAGUCCCUGUCCAUAGAGAAAGUGUCGUUUGGAAAGGAGAGCGAGGACAACCUACGCCCAAUACUGCCUUCUACCAAGCAGACCAACCAUUACCGUCCCAAUGGUCUGCGUUCCUCACUACUCAAGGGAGAGCCUCUGUUCAGCUCCAGAAGUCAUACCUCAGGGAAGGAUGCUGACGACCUCAUAGCCAUGGGCACCAUCUGGAGUCCUGGUGCCCAACCACAGUCACAGCCACCUCAGAAGAACCUCUCAGGACCCUCUCAGACCACCAAUGGUCCUGGCAAGACCAUCACGGUGGGCACAGGUUCCAACAGUUCAACUACCUUGUCCCAGACAAGAAAGUAUGGCUCCAACGUCAAACCCAUUAUGGUGCAGAAUGCCCCAGCCUCGGGCAUGAAGAACAAUGUCAAGGACGGUAAGCUGGACCCAAAGUAUACCGACCCCCUUGUUGGUGCUCCUGCAUCCUUCCAGCAGAGACUGAUGGAGUUAAGUGCCCUUGAGGCAGAGACAGUUAGAUAUGAAAGGAGUAAAAAGGUGAAAAAGAAGGUGAAACAAGACCGAGAUUCUUGAGAUCAUAUUAGCCUAAUACCAUUACACAUGAGGAGCCAAAGUAACCUAUUGAUCAUCACAAAGCAUGUUAUCUGUGAUAUGUUGCCCAAGGGCAUUAUACUUGUGAUAUUGGACGGUAGUGACCAGUGCUCGGGAGGACUGACCACGGUCACAGGGUCGUACUGACCAGUGUGCUGAUAGGGAUAGACCUGUCAGUAUAUGGAGGAAGUAAGGCACAGGACUUGAAAAAGCCUAUGUUAGUAUUAGAGUGCCAGAGUGGGCACAGAUGGCUUGUCUUCCACAUCACCUACUGGACAGUCCAGGGCAGGGCUAAUCCCCACCCCGGGAGGCACCUGUCUCCACUCCCCUCAGGACCUCUAUGAGGAUAACUAACUACUAUACAGCUAGUCCUGUGUAAACCAGGUCCAUUUCGUCCUGGAUUAUAUUUAGAAAUGUUGAUUCAUUUUAUACAAUAUUUUAUACUAUUAUCUUACAGUUCAUUUAUUGUUAUGUUGAGAAAAUCCAUUUACUAUAUUUUGUUUUAACUGUUGUUGAGUUCGUUGUAAAAGUGUAACUCCAUUAAUCUGCUCUUGUUAUUAACAUUUAGUUUAAUAAACAAUACAAAUGUUUGUAAAAAAACCGAACUCCUGUAAAACCAAUAGUGGCUAUCUGCAAAAUUAAAGAACCAGGCGAUUAAGUGGCCCAGCAAAAAGUGGUUUCUGUUAACCAGGGGAUACUCUUAAAGCGACAUUUCAACAUAUUUCAAAUUUCGCUGAAAUGAAUAGGUUUUCACUGCUAACAAAAAUUGUGUAAAUUCAUACGAAAAUAAUCUGUAAAAGCGAGAAUACAAAUCGUUUUCAUAUGGAAAUAGAGAAACUGACCUGUAGUCAUGAGAGACUACUAUAAGGCCUGCUCAGUAUAUGUGUUCACCAGGCCUCCAAUGGUCAACUGCAGGCUAGGUUGAAGCUUCCUUUGAUUGGAGCAGAUGUUAUACCAACAUCAAGCGGUAUUUCCUAACUUCAUUGAUACAAAAGUGCUUAUUAUCCAUGGCCUGUGGCAUUCAGUUACUCAUCAAAACCAUUCUCAUUGUAUCAGGAAACUGUUAAAAAUAACUGAUGACUUGAAAUGUCGCUUUAAAUAAAUGGAAUUCACUUUUUGACUCGCAAACUUUUGCAAGACUAUAUAAAUAAUUUAACAAUAACCUAUCCGGUAAUAUAUUCUUUAGUUGACAAUUUUACUACGGCUGAUUUGAUUGUGCUGUAUGUUACGGCUGUGUGGCACUGUGACUGUUACAGCCAAUACGUAUACUUAGGUGUAUGAUUUAAGGCAAAACCACUAGGUAUGAUUGAGUUAUUUUGUUGGUAGUCUAUGAAUGCACAUUUUAUAGAGUAGUAGCAAGCACAAUCCAUGUUAAAACCAGUUGAUGAUUGUUAUGGAAACACUUCUCCUGCCUGUUUAUAGUAUGUUAUAUUUCCACAUGUCAUUUAUUUCAAUUUGCACCAGACAUUUAUUUUCCAAUUGAAUACUUAUAAAAAAAAAAUUAGUAGCUUCAUCAAGACAGGGGCAUUCUAGAGGUAAAUAUAGAAUGUGUGGUUUUACUGGUGCGAGUGGUCUUGUGUUGGACAUGAUGAGGCCUGUUUAAGUUAAUGUCAUGCAUUCUGUUGUUAAAUGAAGGAAAAACAUCUUUUACAAGAUGUCUGAAGUGCACCCUUCGGUAGGAGAUUUCACUGUCACACCCUCAAGGUAGGGGAGGAGUCAACCAUGUUCAACUACAGGAGACAGCUCUCAGAUUGUAUAAUUAUCAACUUUGGUCUGUCGAUAGAGCAGAACAGUACUAAAAUAUCCGUCCACUUUAUACUUAUGAAUUUUCAUUUUUAGUCUUCAUGUAGCAAACGUAGGUAUUACCAACCAACUUCUGAUAGCUGUACUUGUCAAUGAUACGCUUGUAGCUUGAAGUAAAAGUGACAGACUUGAGACUGAUUGUACAGGUCAGUUCGUUGUUUUCUUCAACAAGGGUGACAGACUUGGAUUGACUAUACAGAUUCGAUCUGUUUCCUUCAAAAUUGGGUGACCGACUCUAUUUGACGGAACAGGUCAGUUCUAGAUCUCUGUGUCCAACAACGGGGGUGCUAGACCUUGAUUUGAUGUCAAAGAUCAAUUUCUGUAUCCACAAAACUGUCAGAUUGAGAUUGGACUGUACAGGUCAGGUUAUGGUCGACAAGGACAACAAACUUUCUGUCAUGUUAUAUAUUUUACACCCUCCUUCCCCUUCGUCUCCCAAGUAUUUUAGGUUGACAAGGUUUUUGCUAUGAAUUUUAACUUUGAUGUCGAGAUACUUUGUUUAUUUCAAAGUGUGUUCCAGGUCCGUACAACUCUUGACAUCAUGAGGUCAACUGAAGUGCAAUUCACAUGUACCUAUAACAACUAUAUCAAUGAUUGGUUAACUAAAUAUAACUUGUCUGUUUUACUGUAAACAUACUGGUCACAGUCUUAUCCUUAUAUUUUCACUAUGUGAAAAUUUCAAUUUAGUGCCGAAUAUAAUUUAGUUAGCACUCCAAAGUCACAAUGAAUAUCACUGCGAAAGAGUAUGUUUACAGUAUAAUUAGCUGUUGUGUAUACGAUGUGUCGUGUGUACAGAAGACAAGGUUCGUGUCAUGUUGACAGUCCAGUGUUGAUCCUUGGCUGUCAUAUGUUGAACAUAAGCAUUUCAUCAUUAAAAUGUUAUUUAAAUAAUAGUAAAAUAUUAAAUUAAAUUUUUAUAUAAACACUUGAA